UACAAGUGGGAUCCACUUCUAGAACGUCCGGGUCAAGGAAAAAACUUACAAGUGGACCCACGCCCAGGUUGGAGAUGAUAGUCGUGCGCGAUAAGAAAGAAAAACCAGGACCUAAUUGCAAAAAUUACAGAAUCCCCAACAUGAACACACUUUCCCAAUUACUCUGGCGAUUUCCGGCAUUUCUUUUGCCGUUCCUCUCGUUCUGCUUCAAAUUCGGCUCCAAAAUCGUAUUCCAUCCACAGAUCUGCAGGGUAAUUACACUGAUGAUCUCAAGAGUUUCUUAAUUUUUAUGACAAGACUGAGUGAUUUCCAGAAGAAUAUAGUUCGAAAAUUAGGGUUGGGAGCACUGCUGGAUCUUUCCUACACUUCAAACAUUAAUGACAUUUUCUUAUGGCUAGCAGCCCAAUUCAACACAACAAACAACUGCAUUGAACUUAGGAAUGGCUUCAAAUUCAAGUUUAUUGACUCUGUUGUGCACACUAUACUUGGAAUUCCAUUUGGUGGACUGCCAAUUCAAACGAAUCCAUCAAAAGAAGUUUUAGAAAAGAUCCACAAUCUUGUUCGAUCAUCAUCUCCUAGUACAGAGCUUCUUAUAUCCCUUGUUGGUGAUGACAACACAGAGGAAACUUUUUCCAUUCUAUUUGUACUGCUACCUGUAUCGUGCUUAUUAGCUCCUAACUCGAAAGGAUAUCCAACAAAGAAAGUAUACAACCUUUUGGCAAAUACACAAUCUGUUUCCAACUACAAUUGGUGUUCAUUUGCUCUAUCGUACUUGGCACAUCACAUCAAAAAAGUGAAGCCAGACCUGCUUCAAAAAAAGGCAGUUAUGCCUGGAGGUUGCAAGCUUAUAUUGGUGAUUGCCCACUUUGAAUGCUUAAUUACUUCUGAAUUCAAGAUACCAUUGAACAUCAAGCCAAGGCUACCUUUGUGGUCAACAAGUUUGUUAAAAUCUUUUAUUGCUCUUGACUCUAUGCAUGGCGAAAAAAACGAGUUUGGCAGACUACCUAUGAAACACAUCUCUUCAACCCCUUUCAAUGAUUCAAUGAAUGAUUUCGCUGUUGAACUACCAGAAGUUAUCUUACAGUAUAUUGACAACAAAUUCCCUUCAUUUCAGGAUAAUCUGCAGGAGAAAUCUCUUCUACAAGCAUCCAGCCAAAGAUUCUGGGAAACACUUGUAACAAACUACAUCCCAACACUGAGAACAUACAUCGACGAUGUCAAAUGUUCAUUCUCCAAAAAAAGUGCUACUACCAGAUAUUCAAUUAAACAAGAAACAAAAAGUUUGCCAGCAACUAGUUCCCCAGUGACUUCUGGCAUAGCAGAAUUAUGUGUCCCCAAGUCUGUAGUGCUACAAGAUUAUGUCAGAAGCCAGCUUAGCACAAGAGUUCCGCAAAAUAAACAAAAAGAUGAGUGGAUAAAUGAGAAGUUCAGCAUAACUCAAUUCAAAUUUGUAGCAAAUAAUCAAAGCUACAAAGGAAGUAAACUGUAUUGCUUGCAAGAAGAAGUAGAACUGAACUCUGCUUCACUCAACAAAAUUAGCACCCUCUCCUCUCAACCAAGCUCAUCAAAGACAGUUCCUGCUACAAAAACUGCUACCUACCACACUACCAACCCAAGUUCUGCUGCAUUAAUUCCGAAUACAAACUUCCUUCCUCUUGCAACUUCUUCACAUGGCAAGUCUCCAUUCCUAUACAGCAGCAGCAAAAUCAGAACUUGUCAAAAUAACCCAGCAUUUUUAUGCUUUCUUCCAGCAUGA